GACUUCCCGACCGCGGACGAGAGCCGAAAGAAGACAAAGAAACGAAAGCGAGAUCGACGCUGAGCGACAGGGGAAAUUGCCGGCCACAAGCAAAAGGGGGGAGGAGGAAAAGUUCGAGCAAGGACCAGGAGGAGAUCAGAGAUGGUACGUCCCUGGAAUCGAUCUACCGAGAUCCGCGCUCGUGUUUGAUCCCCCUCCGCUUCUUCCCUGCUGCCGCCUAAUUGGGUCUCAUAGCUGGAUUCUGCCCCCUCCGUCGAAAUGCUGCAUCGCGGAAUUGUAUGUGGAGUUUUAGGCAUGAAUCUUGGAUUUGGUGUGCAUCUAGAAGCACACAACUGCUGAUCCCAAGUCCUGUGACCAUCUCGAUUCAUGCCAUGUCCCUGAGCUGUGACUUAUGUCAACCCUGUCACAGUACAUGCCAUUGGUUAUCAGAAAAGAAGAAAAUGCACCUCAAGAGCUAAGGGAUGAAAGGCAUAUGGUCUCCUAAUUAAGACUCUAUGAAUUGGUCAGUGUCAUCUGAAGGUUAACUGAUUGAGAUCAUGGGAAUUUCUGCAAAAUGGUUUAGAUCAUUGGUUGGCAUAAGGAAGCAAGAAAAGUUUCACCAUCCAGAAAAUGAUGAAAAUGCUAGACGAGCUUUACGAGCUCUAAAAGGGCUAGUUAGAUUACAGGCCCUUGUUAGGGGUCAUGCUGUGAGAAAACAAGCUGCAAUAACUCUUCGCUGCAUGCAAGCUCUGGUCAGGGUGCAGGCUCGUGUAAGAGCUAGACGAGUUCGCAUGGCAUUGGAAAGUCAAAUGGGGUGUCAAGAGGUUCAGGAACAGCAACCAUAUGAAGCACGUGUUAGAGAAAUAGAGGAAGGCUGGUGUGACAGUGUUGGCUCUGUGGAGGAAAUCCAGGCAAAGUUGUUGAAGAGGCAAGAAGCUGCAGCCAAGCGUGAGAGAGCCAUGGCAUAUGCUCUCACUCAUCAGUGGCAGGCAGGUCCCAGGAAGCCAGCUGCACUUGAAGGUUUUGAACCUGAUAAUAAUAACUGGGGUUGGAACUGGUUGGAGAGAUGGAUGGCUGUUCGCCCAUGGGAGAAUCGGUUCCUUGAUAUUAGUCUUAAAGAUGGGGUUAAAGUUCAUGAGAAUGGAACAGCUGAAGGAAAGAGUGGAGUCAGUGGUACCAAAACUCAGACCAAACCCACUGGCAAGAAACCCAUUUCGACGCUUCACUCCAAUACCCUAAUCCAUAAAUCAGUACUGUCAGUGUCUGAUGGAAGUGGUUCCUCAUCAAGCCGGUCCGUCAGUAUGCAGGCUUCUUCUCCUUUUCCAUCAGGCAAACCAAAACAAAAGCUAUCAAGUGAGGAGGUUUAUGGAGAAGCCACAUCUCAAGCAUCCAGAUUUGGUGCUCGAUCUUAUAGCAAUCCAAUGGAGCGGUCCUCUCAAUUGGAGUCACAGACUAAGAGGUUGUCCUUACCAAACAGUGCAGGUUUAGGCGGAAUGGGAAAACCCACUACAAAUAAAGUUGCAGUGAACCGGUCAGCAACUCGGAAGCCCCUUAAAGGUGCACAAAAGUCGGAGACGAAACACCAUCAGAAUCUGAAGGAUCCAGCUUCGAAGAGAGCCGAAGUGCAGAUAUGAGAAGCUAUUUUGAAUUAAUUUUCCUUGUUGUUUUAGUAGCUGAUCCUUCGAUUUGCCACUGCCGAAUCAAAUGCUCCGUCUGUAAAUAUUUUACAUGAUCUUGGUCAGGUAGGUUAAUGGUCCUAUUACUCUUUUGUACAUCUCUAUGUUCUGGAUGCUGAAAGUUGAAGAGUGGUGCUAGUCCUUGAUGAUAGGAGUGGAUCAUUCUGUUGUGUUAUUAUUUGGUACCUGUUUAUUACUGUUGUGUUUCGAGUAUGUAAUGGUCACUUCUAUGACUACUGUCUGAGAGGCUGUCGAUGUUUCUGAAUCACUUAAAUUGUGGGAAAUGUAAUGGUUAUGUUUUGGA